CCGCGGCGGCCAUUUUGUGCCAUUCUUCCUCCGCGGCUUGAGGGGAUCCCGCGCCGAGCCGUUUUCCCGGUCGCCUCCUCCUUCUCUUCCCACGCGUGGUUCCGAGGCGGUCUGAGGGGCGGCUCCGUCGAUGGCCAGCUUUCCCCCGGCGGUUAACGAGAAGCUCAUCGGAAGGUCACGUGCAGUAGGAGAGCUUCUAGCCCCAGUUUCUCCUUUUGACAAGAAGUGUGGGCGUGAAAACUGGACGGUUGCCUUUGCACCAGAUGGCUCCUACUUCGCUUGGUCACAAGGUCACCGCAUAGUAAAACUGGUUCCCUGGUCUCAGUAUCUUAAUAACUUUUCAGCGCAUGGCGUAAAAAAUUUUGCAAACGCAAGCCAGUCAAGACUAUCAAAACAGAGCAGCGAUGGUGACCAGAAGACCAAGCCCCGUGAGCAUUCAAUAGAUUGUGGUGACAUUGUUUGGAGUCUUGCGUUUGGGUCUUCGGUGCCUGAAAAGCAGAGUCGCUGUGUGAACAUAGAAUGGCAUCGGUUCAAGUUUGGACAAGACCAGCUUCUGUUGGCAACAGGCUUAUCCAAUGGGCGUAUCAAAAUAUGGGAUGUCUAUACAGGAAAGCUCCUCCUUAACUUAAUGGACCAUACUGAAGUUGUCAGAGACUUAACUUUUGCCCCUGAUGGGAGCCUCAUACUCGUGUCUGCCUCAAGAGACAAAACACUAAGAGUGUGGGACCUAAAAGACGAUGGAAAUAUGAUGAAAGUAUUAAGAGGGCACCCGAACUGGGUUUAUAGCUGUGCUUUUUCUCCAGACUCUUCCAUUCUCUGCUCUGUGGGUGCCAGUAAAGCAGUGUUGCUUUGGGAUAUGGAUAAAUACUCCCUCAUCCGGAAACUGGAAGGCCAUCACCAUGAUGCUGUAGCCUGUGAGUUUUCUCCUGAUGGAGCUUUGCUGGCUACUGCGUCAUACGACACUCGCAUUUGUGUCUGGGAUCCCUAUAUCGGAGUCAUUUUGAUGGAGUUUGGGCACCUGUUUCCUGCUCCUUCUCCAAUAUUUGCUGGGGGAGCAAAUGACCGAUGGGUCAGAGCUGUGUCUUUUAGCCACGAUGGACUCCACAUUGCAUCUGUUGCUGAUGAUAAGCUGGUGCGAUUCUGGAGAAUCGAUGAAAACUACCCUGUGCAAGUUGCACCGCUGAGCAACGGGCUUUGCUGUGCCUUCUCUACUGAGGGCAGUGUUUUAGCUGCUGGAACGCAAGACGGGAGUGUGUACUUCUGGGCCACUCCCAAGCAUGUCUCCAGCCUCCAACACUUGUGUCGCAUGGCAAUCAGGAGAGUGAUGCCAACCAGCCAGGUCGAGGCCUUGCCCAUCCCUCCCGCGAUGGUGGCUUUUCUGUCCUACCGUUCUUAGGAGGGGGGGGCGCAACUGAAUCCGUUAAGAUGAUCCCUGACCCAUUGAUAGCCUUUGUGCUUUUAAAGCGUCACAGGCUUUGAACUAUAUGUGAUCAUUUUUUCCAUUUAAAAAAAUCAAAAAGGUCCCGAACUCUCACUAUGUGGAGAUUUUUAAGAAUUUAUUUAUAGAGGAGAAGAGGUAGAAGUAUUCAGACAACUUUUUAAACUUGCCAACUGUGAAAGAUCUGUACAUAAUUAGGUGUAAGCUACAUUGUGCUGUCUGUGUGUAACUUUUGUGAAUGCUUUUCCUGAUGUACCAUGUAGUGUUGUGUGUGUAUACAUAUACAUACACACACACACACAUAUAUAUAUAUAUUGUGUCUCUGGACACUGGUGCUGUGUAAAGUGGAAUGACUGCUCUGGAACUGGGAGUGAGACACCUGGGCAGACGUUGAUAAAGCUCAGUUGCUGCGGGGCUGUGUCUCUGUGUUGAGCUUGGGAAAAACUGGCACCUUCGUGGAAUGACUGCUCCACGGUGUGCAAGGAAAGGGCAGCCGGGUUGAACGGGGGGGGGGGGGGG